AUGUCGUCGACACUCGAUCCACCGCAUCCUCCAACUCUCGCCGCUCCCGACUCGCCUCGACAACCCAGCUCUUCCACCUCGAAGAUCCCCCGUCGACGACCAUCGACGCAACUUGGCGAGGCAACUCGUCCCGGCGUCACAUCUGGCUCGCGCGUUGUGUCCAGUCCUGUCAUGCUGUCCAGCGGGCGAGUUGGUGGAGAAGACGGCAAUCGAGGAGGACAUUCUCGCAAGUCGAGUCGGAGUGGUGUCGGGCUAGGCGUCUUGUCGACAGAGUUGCCAGCUCAGCCCGCCGCGGCCGACACGUUGCAGGGGAGGCGGAGGACGAGUAUGAGUGGAGCGUCGACCCCUCGAUUGUCGAAUCAGCCCGAGAUGCGACGCACACCCUCACUCUCCAUCUACAUCCCCGCUACUCCCUCACCUUCUGCCGCCUCGCCCUCUACGUCUCAUCAAGCUGACCCUCGACGGCGACCACCUCCGACUUUCCAGUCACCCAUCUCUGCCAGCGACCACCCCGCCUCGUCCUUCUCCUCUCCCUCCGCCCCGCCUCUCGCGCACCAACCUCGCCGAUGCUCUCGCUUCAACCGACCACCUCGCACUCCCUAUCCUCACCACGCCCAAGCAACGGGCAAAUCCCCUCAAACGCCUCACAUGUCCGAACACUCGCCCCACCCGCAUUCUCACGGCCCUCACGCUCGACACCUUCGCUCGCCGUCUGCUUCGUCGACGCUCACGGUCGGCACGACGUAUACGUACACGAGCUUCGACCUGCAGCACCCGAAGACGCCGAGGGAGGAACGGGAAGAGAGGGAGGCGCUGGCGAGGGCGGAGAGGGAGAGGAGCGGGCUAGGGUUGUUGAGGUGGUUGUGGCGAGGACGGCGAGGGGCGCGACGGGAGGACGAGGAGGAAGCGGUAGACGAGCGGUCGGCGUUGUUGCGCCGAGAUGGAGGCGGCGAGGCAAUGGAGCAAGACGGCGGGCGGCCGAAGGAGAUGACCAAGUGGGAAUACGUCUGGUCGGAGACGGUUUGCUACGCCAAGCACAUGCUUCCGCCGAUUCUCUUCUUCGUCGUCUUGGUCCUCGUCAUUGCGCUGCUUGCGUCUCACCAAGCCGUACGCCGUAUUGUGCACCCGCCAAAGCUCUGA